UGGGCUGUUGUCUGAGCUCCAGCACGAUAUUCUGUACAGAAAUGGAGCGUGCGAGAAUGACAUUGUUGCACACUGUCCAAGGGGCUUAGAGACGAUCAAAUAACGGACAGCAGGACACAAUCUCAGUGCACAUCUGCAUCAGCGCGCUGCACGCGUGGACGCUAGAAACGACCACCGACUGAAAAUCCAUGUGGAUAAUCAGAUGGAAGCUGAAUGCUGUUCAUUUAGUGCAACAUCUAGAACUGCCUGCAGAAAUUUACAUUCCAGAGAGGAACUGAACUGAGUGUCUAUAUUUCCGAAAGCUGCCCUUUGCUAGUGUUAUUACGAAUAAAACGAGAUGAAGUGUUGUGCAUCUUAAAGGGCAUUUACAAGUUAUAUUUCCAUUGCAGCCAGCUGUGAGGAUUCGUUGCCAAGGCAACACAGACACCUUCUCUACAGUGUUCGGCUCACCCUUGCUGAGCAGUCACAUUGGUCAAAACCUGCAAAAAGCAACUGAAAAACAAAAGAGGGAAAGAAAGAGUAAGAUAAGUGAUUGUUUCCGGUUGAGGAGUGUCACUUUCGUUUUAAUAUCACCAUCAUUUUAAAACUGAACUUUACCGACGGACGCCUGGGCUGGACUGGGAAACUCGAUCUCCACGCUGCACGCCACCGGGCCAGAGCGACGCCAAGCCAACAGUUUGAAAGUUUGCCUUGAAUUAAGAUGAGCAGCUGUAAAAACCGACAGCUGGAUGUCAGCAUGACUCUGAUCCUGAUGCGCUGCACCCUCUAUGACUGACAGGUCUCUCUGGCAGCAAACUGGCAAAAGAAGUACGAGCUCACACAGGGGAACCAGCAGCAGCAUUCCAGAGAUUAUAUAUUUGGAGAUUACAGGACAACUGCAGGUCAGGACACACUGCCUCACUGAAAUCAGAGUUCCCCACCCAACCCACCUCACCAAUUCAGUUAAGAGCUCUCAUUGUGAAAUUGACUUCAGGACUGCGAUGGAACACGCAUGUGCGUGUACUCUGCUGCUAUCUUUCCUGCUCAUCGCUGCUAGACAGAUGCCGUGUUAGAAGAAAAUCUGAUGGAGUGCAGACCUUUCUGGAUGUCUUUUUCUUUAAAUCCAUCUCCUUGCAGGUCAUCACUUUCUAAGCUGUUUCUCUCCUGAGACCACCCAGAUCCUUUUUUUGUGUUUGAAUCAUUAGAUCCGUUUCUUCACGUUUUUUUAUGGAGUUAAUUUUUAUUAUGCAGGGAGCUGGAAAGGGUCAAAGUGGUCAAACCAUCAAACAGACUUUUUCGACUGUCAAAUGUCCUAGAUUGGAGUGUUCAGAGUGCAAAGUGUAACUGUUGGAACCGGAGGGCAGUUUAAUGCCAGCUAUGCAAAGACAAAGAGUUAAUUUAUCUGCUAACAGUUGCCGUUGAAGACACUGUAAAGACGGGGACAAGAGCACUAAAGAGUGAACACUAAAGGCUGAAUACCUACAGGAUACGUAACUACAGAAGAUCACAAAGAAUGUUUGGAAAGCGUUUUAGAAUGUAAAUUUAAGCUUUUUUUUAAGAUGUAUAUAAAAGUGCUUAACUACAAGCCAUCAAGAAAACUCCACCCUUUUCCUCCAGUGUCUGCAGAGUUUCAUCUCACCAAAAUUGCUAGCUAGACGGAGUGUACAGAUGCGGACAAACAGGAUUACAGAGACACACUCCAACAAACCUUGACUCAUACAGAACCAUAAUGGCACAGACACAGAUGACUGCCUUGCUUGUCUGGAACUGAGAUGUCAAAACCAUAGAGGGGGCUAUUCCUCCAACUGUCACUGCGUGGAGAGUAGAACACAUCACACGAACGCCUACAAGCAGACAGAUUUUUAGAGGCGAAAGACUGGUGUGUUUGAAUUGUGGUUGUACAGUUCCAAGGCGAGCAAAGGAGGAGACUGACAUCUGGAGAGAGCAGCAGUGGCAUUUUGCAGACACCAGUUUUUGUGUGAUUUCACAGACAGAGUGAGUCGUUUUAUUUAUUUUGUAGCCUGUGUUGACCAGUACGCUGAUUAGUACCGAGUCAGGACUGAGCACGGUGGCAGGCGCCGGUUUAUGGCAGUGGGGCGGGCGCAUGCCGUCUGUGCCUCAGCAGCGAGAGGGACGCUUGGGGUUUGGCUGGGGUUGGGGUUGGGCUGCAUGGGCGGGAGCUCAAAGGACGGGUGAGCUGAGGUCCUGGGUACCACCUGGAGCUGGAGCUACGGCUGCGGGAGAACGAGGAGCCCGGCGAUGCUCCCUACGGGUCUGUGUGCUCUUGGGAUCCCUGGUACUACUCUUUCUUACCUCACUCUUCUUCUCCUUCUCGCUGAGAGGAGGAGCCACCCUGCCUUACCUUGAACCCCCAGCAUGGGAAGAGUCGCACAGGGUUAAACUAGUGCCCAGCUAUGCUGGUUCCCACCGGGUGAUCCCUGCCGAGAGCACCCAACAGAAGACAUGCGCCUGUGCUCGGUGUGUGGGCGACCCGGGCGUCUCCGACUGGUUUGAUGAGAACUAUGACCCAGAUGUCUCACCCGUGUGGACACGGGACAACAUUCGGCUGCCUUCAGAUGUAUAUUACUGGUGGGUGAUGUUGCAGCCUCAAUUCAAACCCCACAAUAUCCAGCAAGUUCUACAGAAGCUAUUCCAAGUAAUUCCAGGCCGUUCCCCAUAUGGUUCAUGGGACCCUGCCCGCUGUCUACGUUGUGCUGUAGUGGGGAACUCGGGCAACCUCCGUGGGGCAGGUUACGGUCCAAUGAUUGAUGGCCAUGACUUCAUCAUGAGGAUGAACCUGGCGCCCACUGUAGGCUAUGAAGAGGAUGCAGGCAGCCGAACCACACACCACUUCAUGUACCCAGAGAGUGCCAAGAACCUGGCAGCUAACGUUAGCUUUGUGCUGGUGCCCUUCAAGACUCUUGACCUGUUGUGGAUCACCAGUGCACUCUCCACCGGCCAAAUCCGCUUUACUUAUGCUCCAGUGAAGCAGUUUCUGCGUGUGGACAAAGACAAGGUGCAGAUCUUCAAUCCGGCUUUCUUUAAAUACAUCCAUGACCGGUGGACACGUCAUCAUGGGCGCUACCCAUCCACUGGCAUGCUAGUCUUGUUCUUUGCUCUACAUGUGUGUGAUGAGGUGAAUGUGUUUGGUUUUGGGGCGGACAGCCGGGGAAACUGGCAUCACUAUUGGGAGCAGAACAGGUAUUCUGGAGAGUUCCGUAAAACCGGUGUCCAUGAUGCAGACUAUGAAGCCCAGAUCAUCGACAAGCUGGCGAAGGCUGGCAAGAUCUCAGUCUUUCCUGGUAAAUUAAUAUAGGUACCAGUUGCGAAGAGAUGGACCAGAUGAUGGACCUAAACAAACAAAACCACCUAUUAUCCACUUAACACACUCAGUGUGCCUGUUCAAGGUGAUCAAGAAGUGAUUUAUCAUGAUGUUAUUACCAUUCUGGGCUGUCACGAUUGUACAGUAUUCUGGGCAGAUCCUCCAUGAUGUGGUGGUUUUGAAAGGAGAUACUAUUAAUUUGCGCUGUUCCUUGCAGGCCUACCUCAACCAGGAAAAGGAACUCGACUAGCAAGGGACACCCAUAUCUCCUCACCACUAAAGAGCAUGUUAGGUUGGAAUUAACCAGCAAUCACCAUAGUGUAUCAUAGUACUCUUGUAGUCCUCUGUGAUUCAUUUAUUAAAAGCUUGGACACAGUGGUUAUAACGCUCCUCUCCACAGCAGUUAAUUCCUCACGUCACCAGGCGCAUGUGGCUGAGUGGAAGUUUACAUGUUCCUACUGUUAAACUGAGCUUUUUGUCUUAUUGAAUAUUUUACGCUUCAGUUGUUAGUGUUUAUGGGACGAUCAUGCUAACAGUUUGCGAUGACCCUGCAUCACUGUGUGCUCGCAGCAAUCUUGUCUUUUUGGUUGGAUAAUUUUUGCUAAUUACUGUUGAGCUUCCGAUUGGUUUAGUAGAGGAGGAUGGGCUGAUGCUCAACACCAGGAUGUUAACCGAACUGAACCACUAAUGCAGUCCAUUAUGAACACACGAGCAAUAUACAGUUGUGCUCAAAAGUUUGCAUACCCUGGCAGAAAUUGUGAAAUUUUGGCAUUGAUUUUGAAAAUAUGACUGAUCAUGCAAAAAAACUGUCUUUCAAGGAUAGUGAUCAUAUGAAGCCAUUUAUUAUCACAUAGUUGUUUGGCUCCUUUUUAAAUCAUAAUGAUAACAGAAAUCACCCAAAUGGUCCUGAUCAAAAGUUUACAUACCCUUGAAUGUUUGGCCUUGUUACAGACACACAAGGUGACACAAACAGGUUUAAAUGGCAAUUAAAGGUUAAUUUCCCACACCUGUGGCUUUUUAAAUUGCAAUUAGUGUCUGUGUAUAAAUAGUCAAUGAGUUUGUUAGCUCUCACAUGGAUGCACAGACCAGGCUAGAUACUGAGCCAUGGGGAGCAGAAAAUAACUGUCAAAAGACCUGUGUAACAAGGUAAUGGAACUUUAUAAAGAUGGAAAAGGAUAUAAAAAGAUACCUAAAGCCUUGAAAAUGCCAGUCAGUACUGUUCAAUCACUUAUUAAGAAGUGGAAAAUUCGGGGAUCUCUUGAUACCAAGCCAAGGUCAGGUAGACCAAGAAAGAUUUCAGCCACAACUGCCAGAAGAAUUGUUUGGGAUACAAAGAAAAACCCACAGAUAACCUCAGGAGGCUGCACGUUGUCAUUGAUGCUAAAGGGGGCAAUACACAGUAUUAAGAACUCAGAGUAUGCAGACUUUUGAACAGGGGUCAUUUCAUUUUUUUUUCUUUGUUGCCAUGUUUUGUUUUAUGAUUGUGCCAUUCUGUUAUAACCUACAGUUGAAUAUGAAUCCCAUAACAAAUAAAAGAAAUGUGUUUUGCCUGCUCACUCAUGUUUUCUUUAAAAAUGGUACAUAUAUUACCAAUUCUCCAAGGGUAUGCAAACUUUUGAGCACAACUGUAUAUUAAAUAUACUGUAUGUGGAAAAAUGUAGAAAUAUUCAGAACAAUAAUCAAGCUGCGGUGAUUGUUUUAGAGAUGCACUGUGAACAGUGGUAGAGCUACAAUAUCAAGCUACUCUUGUAAAACUAAAUGUUACUGUGUUAAAAUGCUGCCACAAAGGGUUUAGUGAUGGAAAAUAUAAAUUUUAUAUGGCAAAAGAAUUGGAUGUAGCUGAAUCCAAUAGAUUUAAUCUGUGAAGCCCAGUGCAUUACGAUCAGGGCAACUUAUGAGUCUCGUCCUGCUACGUCAUGUAUCGACGUGUGAAAUUCAUGGAUGUACUUGUUUUCUUGAAAGCCUAUAGUAUUUGAACUCUUGACACUCCUUUGCUGCUCUUUAGCCAUUUACAUCAAGGUAACCUUUUGACAUUUCUGCACAAGGCUUUGAUUUCUCUUGUAUCAUAUGCUACAUUUGUAGAAGUUGAAGACUUGUACAGAUUUGUAGAAGUUGAAGAGAACUGUGAGAACACCAAGAUCUAGGCCCAGUUUUUACAUUCAGGUGCCAUAAUUCUUUUUCCAAUGUAGAUGUAUCAGCUUUUUCUGUGUGUAAAUGCACAUACAUGCUUGCGUGCCUUGUCCUUGCUUCUGGACACAUCCUUUCUCCAGAGCAUAGCUAACCUUAGAACAUGCAUAAACACAUGCUAUUGUUUCUUUUCCCCUUUAGUCUUCUUACCAAGCUUUUAUUGACGCAGAUUCGUGCACACACAAAUCUGGGCUCUAAACUAGGGCACAGAUAGUCCGCCCACCAGCUGUCCUCCUGCCCACACAUGCUCUGAGAACAUAAUUCAGAGUUUCUCCUGGGUGCCACCAUCUCAUCCUCAUGUCUGUUCUACUUAGUACUAAGCUGAGUGUCGUGCCUUUGGGAUCAGGGAGGGAAAAGCUCUCUUACCUGAAGACCUUCUCUGCUUUUGAUUUUAGAGCUACCUACUUGCAUUUGCUGUUGCUGAAAGUCUCCUGAAAUCCGUAGAAAAUCCAGACCUGUGGCUACACAAUGGAGUCGAUAAUGUUACGAUUUUUAUACGUGUAGUUACUGGAUACUGGAUGAAUCCGAACUGUGCGGUUAAGCCUGCAGUGACUUUAUUAUAUUUAAGCCUAUUCUGGAGGAUUACUAUUGGGUUUUUCACAGUUUAAUUCUAAUGUUAUGGAUACAUAGGAUGGCUGCCCUCUUCUUGGUAGAUUAUUGAGUUGUGCAGUUUGUCACCAAAGAGUUUUAUCCCAUUACAAAUCUUACUUGUAUUGUUAGACAUUUAGAUGGUGUUUGCUAAAUUUGGAUCAAUGACAAUUAGUUGGAUCUUAAAGUUCUUUUAGACUGUCUUGUACUAGAAUGUUCUCAAUGUACCUUUCUUUUAAAGUAUUCAGUUGUAUUAGUUGGCUUGAAGAGCUUUUGUUUCUUGGUACUGUGCCACAAGAAGACCAUACUGCAGAAUGAUAUUCAUGGAAGACCUCAAACAUUUUCUGAAAAACAACUUCAUGUCCACCUUCUUUGUUCUCUCCAUUUAAAAAGAUUUGAGGUCAAAUGACAUGACGGGAUCUCUUCCAUAUGGGCACAUAUAAACUUCAUUACUUUAUCCUUCUCACCAAUCUUCGCAGCAACAAGUCUUUGUGUAUCAAUAUUGUCAUAUUGAAAGAGCGUAGGAUGUUUUGUAUACCUUUCAUUGAAUCGUUUGUUUGAGGAAGCUUUGUAGGGCUGUAAAUUACUGGAUGGCAUGACCGUUACCAAGACAGUAAAAACGUAAAUGUUGGUUUUCUAUUGCUUUUUGCGAUCACAUAAAUCCCCUUCAGAAUACAGAUAUGCAAUAGAUUGAGUGAUGCUUUUUAAGGUAAAAAAGAAAAAAAGAGAGAUUAAACUCAAAAUUAGGUAGAAGUAUUUAGAUAUCCCUUUUGAACAGAACUGCACUAACUACUUAAUUAAUCUUGAAAACUGCACCAUCGAACAAAUCUUCACUGUGUAUGCUCUCAUUAACUUCUCUUUAAUGUUGUAGUGACUAUUGGGUCAGUGUUCUUUCUUUUCACUAUCUCUGUGCAGUUAUGGACUGUUUUUAAUCUCUGUGCUACUGUAAGAAAUAAACAGUUUAAAAUGUU